CCAGCACUCUCAGCAGUAUGAAGGUCUCUUGCCUCUGCCUUAGCUUCCUCUUGGCUGUCUGUGGGUUGCAUUGGACACCGACCACCGCCAACGAAAUCUUCCACUUUGGGUCAUGCGAGGUUUUGAUGAAUGUCAAUGAAAUCAGGACUGGCUUCGCAGCAAUUAAAGCAAACAUUCAAGCCAGAGACACCAUCAGAACCACCAGCAUUUUGUCAUUCCCAUAUUCGCUGCAUAGAGUCAAUUCGGGAGAUACAUGCUGCAUCAUUCACCACCUGCUGAAAUUCUAUGUGGACAUGGUCUUCAAACACUGCGAGACGGAGGAUUCGUGGGUCAACCGGAAAAUCAGCAGCAUAGCCAACUCUUUCCUCAGCAUCAAGAAGAGCUUCAGGCAUUGUCAUCAACAAAGUAUGUGCAGAUGCGGAGAGGAAGCAACACAGAAAUAUAAACAAAUUCUUACCAACUACGGCCAGCUGAAUGUCAAAAAUGCAGCAAUGAAAUCCCUAGGAGAGCUGGAUAGCCUGCUAGACUGGAUGGAGAAGGCUCAUUAGAGCAGAACAACGACCUGCCAGCAGCAUGUAGCUUUUAAAGGUGCUUGAAAACUGCUCUUAUGCAGUGAUGCAUUCAAAAUCAAGUCCUGAUUCAACGCUCUUUGGCAUUUUCUCAUUGGCUUCAAGGGGCGUUUCGUCACAACAUGAUUGUUGGGGUGGGUAGAUAGGUAGGUAGAUAGGUAUUUAGACCCAGGUGGCAUGUCCAUAUGCUGCAAGGGAGGAGCACAUUGAGACAUAUUGCCCCCAGGCUGAGACCCGCUACGUCUGCUCCUUGUUGACUCCCAACCCAAAGGUGCCUGUCUGUAGGCUCUGCAUCUCAGCUAAACUACUUCUGGUUUGGGACCUGAUGCAGGUGGAGUGGGCACGACAUCUCAGCAUGGUCCUGGCUUGCACCAUAUGGACCUGACCCUGGUGUCUUGCAUGAAGAACCAAACAUUUCAAGUUCACCUUCAGCUUUUCCAAUUAGCACAACUCUUACAGGGCUGAUAUGGCUUAAAAGACUUUCUCUGUUUUUAAGGGUAAUUGUUAACAUGGCCUCUUUAUCCCGAUAGCAGCCAGGUCCUGCUAUCUUACAUAUCUUCAGCGGAUUUGGGUGGGGGAAGGAGGAGGGGUGCUACUGUAGUCUGAUAUUUAAAAGCUACGGCUGAGUCGUGUACGAUGCCCGUGUGUGGUGUGCUGCAUGGGAAGCUGACAGAAGUGCAAAAUUUAGCAAGGUUAGUCUCUAGUUUUCCUGUAUUAAACCGCUAAAGAAUUGCUGUUUUCUCUGAAAAUAAUAGUCUCUGCUUUAGUGCAAUUAUGUUUUUCAGCAUGAGAAACUAUUCUCUAGGUACGAUAAUUUUUUGUCGAACAGAAAAAGAACCAUGUUCUUCUCGUAUGUAUUGUGUGACCCGCAAUGAUACUCAGUACGCAGAUACUGC